GUCGCAGUCGUUCACACGCCACGCAGCGAGGCAGCGCCGUUCCCGCGGCAGCCACGGACUUUCCAAACACCUUUUUAUAAGUCUGAAGUCUUCUCCCCUCCACCCGACCUGUUAAAACCACGCCUACGGAGGCCCACAAUUGGUCCUGAAAGCGUCAAAGAGCCAAUCAACGUGAGGCGAGCGUCCCUGCAACGCGUCAACACGUCCGCGCCGCCGCGAGCUUUAUGGAGUUCAGAAGAAGCGGCGGGAGCGUCUCGUAUGCUGCUGAGAGCUCGCCUUGCCUUGCCUCGCCUUUCGCCUCGCGCUCCCCUUUCACGGAAAUGUGCGUGCGCGCGGAACGGCCAAGAAGGAGAAUGUGUCUGCGCGCUUGAACGUGCACGCCUCGAACGGAUCAGGGCACGGGAAUAAUCGUGAGGAACAGAACGAGCUGAGAAGAUCCGAACGCGCCUGCAGAAGAAUGUCGAGUUUCAACGGGAUCGGACGUCACGUCAAAACGCACUGACUAGCACUAACGCUUUGAUUUCUGUUGUUUUUUUAGUCCUCUUUGCUUACGACUAAAAUGUUCCACCGCUUUUGAAGGCAAACUACCAACCAGCGAAGAUUUUAAUGGAUGGGAUUUUUCUCGUUUUUUCUCUUACAGACACUUUCUUGGAACCUGUCUAGCAUAUAACGCUGAUCCAUAGCAAGCCAGUGGAUGCUUACCUACAGAUUUGUACCGAAGGACGGGCUGGAUUUUUAGCAUUCGUGGAGGACUUUCUGAACAGCCUAAAGAAACUGGAUAAAGAAGCUGCCCAGGCAGAAUAGAAGCCUUUUCCUUCGAGGCACAACGUAUCUGCGAGCUGGCCUUGAAUGAGCUUCCUGAUGAGAGAUCCAGUCAUCCAAGGAUCGAGCAUGGCAUACCACCCGUUUUUACCUCACCGAGGUCCGGAGUUUGCCAUGAGCGCCAUGCUGGGCCACCAGCCGCCCUUCUUCCCGGCCCUGGCGCUGCCGCCAAGCGGCUCCCUUUCGCUUCCCGGCGCGCUGGGGAAGCCCAUUAUGGAGCAGCUAAUGGGUGCCGCGGAGACUGGCCUGCAUUUCUCGUCUCUCGGCCAUCAGGCCGCCGCUGCCGCCGCGCACCUCAGGCCUCUGAAGACCCUGGAACCCGAGGAGGAGGUGGAGGACGACCCUAAAGUACACCUAGAAGCCAAGGAGCUGUGGGAGCUCUUUCACAAAUGUGGCACAGAAAUGGUUAUCACGAAAUCGGGAAGGAGAAUGUUUCCUCCAUUUAAAGUGAGGUGCACUGGCUUGGACAAGAAAGCAAAGUAUAUUCUUUUGAUGGAUAUCGUAGCAGCUGACGACUGUAGGUAUAAAUUUCACAACUCGCGCUGGAUGGUGGCAGGCAAGGCUGACCCCGAAAUGCCAAAGCGGAUGUACAUUCACCCCGACAGUCCGGCCACUGGCGAACAGUGGAUGUCCAAAGUCGUCAACUUUCACAAACUUAAACUGACGAACAAUAUCUCCGACAAGCAUGGAUUUACGAUUCUUAACUCCAUGCACAAAUACCAGCCAAGAUUUCAUAUUGUGCGAGCCAACGACAUUCUGAAACUUCCUUAUAGUACGUUCAGGACUUACGUUUUCCCCGAGACUGACUUCAUUGCUGUUACUGCAUACCAAAACGACAAGAUAACACAGUUGAAAAUCGACCACAAUCCCUUUGCUAAAGGGUUUCGUGAUACUGGGAAUGGAAGACGAGAGAAAAGGAAACAGUUGGCUUUGCAAUCCAUACGAUCCUACGAGGAGCAGCAGAAGAAAGAGAACGGCACGUCCGAUGACUCCUCGGGCGAGCAGGCCUCCUUCAAGUGCUUUCGCCAGGCCUCGUCUCCCGCAGUGUCCACCGCGGGUCAGCCCAACUUAAAAGAUUUCUGUGACAGCGACGAAGACAGCGACGAGGACGAUAAAGACGCCCAGCUGAAAGAAGGACCGGACUCCAGCAAGAUCUCAACCACAACCACCGAGGACGCUAAGGAGCACGACCCUGCGCUCAGCAAAGGCCACCUGUUCGGCGAUGAGGACUCUUCCACUCGCCUGCGGACUGAAAAAAGCAGGGCCGACUCUCGCCAGAGUCCCGUCACAGUCAUCUCCAGCACCACGCGCUCCGCGGAAGACCUCAAAAGUCCAGCACGCGAGUCGAGCAAAGCCGAUGAGCCGCGGCCUAUGAGCAAGGAAAACUACAUGCCGCUGACCGUGCAGACGGACGGCGGCGCGCACUUAAACCAGGGCCCCUUGCACAAUUUUGGAUUCCCGCCGGGGCUGGCGGGCCAGCAGUUUUUCAACCACCUGGGCGGCGCCCACCCCUUCCUCCUGCACCCCGGCCAGUUCAACAUGGGAGGCGCCUUUUCCAACAUGGCCGCGGGAAUGGGGCCCUUAUUAGCGGCCGUAUCCUCCGGAGGGGUCAGCACCAUGGACACGGCCAGCAUGGCGUCACCGUCACAAAGCUUGACGGGAGCCCCAGGACUGCCUUUCCAUCUGCAGCAACACGUCUUAGCGUCGCAGGGCCUGGCAAUGUCCCCCUUCGGAGGCCUCUUUCCCUACCCCUACACAUACAUGGCAGCUGCUGCGGCCGCCUCUUCCGCGGCCUCCUCCACGGUUCACCGCCACCCGUUCCUGAACGCCGUGCGCCCGCGCCUGCGAUACAGCCCGUACUCCCUUCCCGGCGUGCCGGACAGCACCCUGCUGACCACCGCUGUGCCACCCGUGGGGGGCGGCGCCAUCGAUCUGAAGGCGGAUGGCAUGGCCUCAAGCCCUGCAUCGGCCACGCUGGACUCCACCUCAGAGGUGACCAGUCGCUCGUCCACCAUGUCCUCAGGCUCCGUUUCGCUGUCGCCCAAAACAACUCACGAGAAGGACUCGAGCAGUGAGCUGCAGAGCAUCCAGCGCCUGGUCAGCGGACUCGAUUCCAAGCAGGAGAGAGCUCGGAGCGUGUCCCCAUGAGGGCAGGUGUUUAAAUGACGACUGCGUAAAGACACUAUAUAAGGAUUGUCUAUGACGACGCCCUUCUAGCGAAAGCGGGUUUACAACACGGACCUAUAUUGGGAAAAAAACAACAAACAAACAAAAAAAGUUAGAUUUUCAAAUGCACUUUGGUAAUACACAAAACAACACCGUUUACUUUGUAUGUCUCCCUUUUUGUUGUUAAAUUAAUACAAAAACUAUGAAUCUUUCCCAGUUCUCCCUCCUUAUUUGAAUAGGCUACCAUAGAAGUAUUGAAAUUGAACAGCUGGGCUGAAGAUGUCAGAUGGAAUAAGCUGCUGCUGUCCUACGUUUCACAUCAAUUUUCUGGGUUGAAAAUGGAUUAAUUUAAUAUGCACUCUAUAGGGUCUUAGUUUAUUGGAUAACUCUUUGUCUUAUAAGGACUGCUGUGUGAAAAUGUAGUUCUUACGGAUUUUGGCAGCCGGCGGUUUGCAUGUCAUAAGACCACCUCAUAACUGUCGGGUUACUCUAGUCUGGACUUUAACGUUUAUUUUAGAUAAUCAAAAACAUUCUAACUGAAUACAGUAAUAAUAUUAAUUAAAUAAUCCACACAAGACAGCGCUUACAAUAUUACGCAACGGGUUUGUUUUGACUAUUGGGAGGCUCAUUUAUAUAGUUUGACUAAAACUGAGCUUUAGCAAUGAUGUUAAAAGUCCAAAAGUUGCCCCAAACAGUGAGGACAAAUGUUUAUCCCAUAUUUGCUGUAGGUUACCACGGUACAAAAACUGCACCACUGAAUUCAGCAUUGAGUUAAAUCGGGAAAAGGGAAAUCACAACGGACAUGGUAUUAUUGACUAUAAUGUAAAUAGUGACAUAUACUGUAGCUACAAAAUAUUUAUGUAAUUAUUUCAUAUGGAUAUUGCGUGUAAAUAUAAUGAAGUUUGUUUCUUCAUCGGGGGAGUUGUUCUUAAUUUAUUGUUGAUAAACCUGUGUAAAAAUAGUUUGUGAGGUAUUAGCCUUGUUUAUGACAUUUCUCAUUUACGUCCCUCUGACUAUGGAUUGUAAUGUACCACCCCACCCCAUCCCCGAAAGUAUGUCCACACUGCUAGAUUUUCUAGCGGACACAAUCAUGUGCCAUCCUUCCUUUUACUGUUGUCUGUGUUUUAAGUGCUUCUGUUCAAACGAAUUAAAGGCGACAGCACAUUGCACCAGUG